GGCGUGGGUUAAUACAUACAUAAAAUCCAUCACACACACAUCAACAAAUACAAUAUACAUAUACAAAUUUCACUAUCAAUUUUUUCAUUUACAAUCCGACUUGGUUCUCGUACACACGCAUCCAACAAACGAGGACGCGGUUUGUUGCUCGUAUUUAUGCUGAGCUUGUUGAUUAUUUAUCUCCACGUUAAAUAUUUAUUGUGAAUACAAUAUUUUCAUUAAAUAAUAAUAAUAUAUUGGUAUUUGUUGAUAAUAAUAAAAUAGAUAUUAUUAGUGUGUUAAUUUGUGAAUUAAUUUUAUGUGUGCUGAAUUAAAAAUAAAUUUAUAAAGAAAAUAUUAUUUUAUAAAGUGAACAACAAAAUGUCGACAAAAUCAAGCAAAAAAACAGCGGCGUCGUCGUCGUCAUCAUCAACAGCAACAACGACAUCAAAUGUAAGCUCAAUACAAUCACCACAACCAAGUACAUCAACUCCAAAAGUUGGUUCACGUCGUCCAGGUAGUCCAUUGAGUCCAACACGUUAUUCACGUCUUCAAGAAAAACAUGAUUUACAAAAUCUCAAUGAUCGUUUGGCGUGUUAUAUUGAAAAAGUACGUCAUCUUGAAACUGAAAAUUCACGAUUAUCACGUGAAGUACAAACAUCACAAGAAGUUGUAACACGUGAAGUUACAAAUAUAAAAUCAAUGUAUGAAAAUGAAUUAUCUGAUGCUAGAAAAUUACUUGAUGAUACUGCACGUGAACGUGCUAAACUUGAAAUUGAUACAAAACGUCUUUGGGAUGAUAACGAAGAUCUUAAAGCAAAAUUGGAUAAAAAGACAAAAGAUCAUCAAGUUUCAGAGCGUAAUUCAUCAAUUUAUGAAACACGUUGUAAUGAUUUACAAUCACAGUACAAUCAAUCACAAGCUGAAAGAAAAAAAUUACAAGAACGUGAACGUGAUUUGGAAAAAGAAGUUGAAAGACUCAAGGGAUUACUUGAUGAUGCAAGAAAACAUUUGGAAGAAGAAACACUUCAACGUAUUGAUUUGGAAAAUAAUAUUCAAAGUUUACGUGAAGAUAUAAGCUUUAAAGAUCAAGUAUUCCAACAAGAAUUAACUGAAACACGUUCACGUCGUCAAGUUGAUAUAUCAGAAAUUGAUGGACGUUUGGCUGAACAAUAUGAAGCUAAAUUACAACAAUCAUUACAAGAUUUACGUGAUCAAUAUGAAGCACAAAUGCGUGUUAACAGAGAUGAAAUUGAAUUAUUAUAUGAAAAUAAAAUUAAAAAUUUAACAUCACAUGCACAAAGAAAUAGUGGAGCAGCAAGUCUUGCUGUUGAAGAAUUACGACAAACAAGAACACGUAUUGAAACUCUUAAUCAACGUAUUGCUGAACUUGAAGCAAAUAAUACAACUCUCAAUGGUCGUAUUAGAGAGUUGGAAAAUCUUGCAGAAGGUGAACGUGUACGUCAUGCUGAAGGUUUAACAUCACUUGAAGCUGAAUUAUCAAGAAUGCGUGAUGAAAUGGCACAACAAUUGCAAGAUUAUCAAGAUUUAAUGGAUACAAAAGUUGCUCUUGAUCUUGAAAUAGCAGCAUACAGAAAAUUAUUAGAAUCAGAAGAGGCAAGAUUAAAUAUAACACCUCAUUCAACAUCAACAUCAUCAGUUACUGGUAGAACAACACCAUCACGUCAUACACCAAUUAGAGGUGGUAAACGUAAACGUACAUUACUUGAAGAAAGUGAAGAACACAGUACAAAUGAUUACAGUGUUAAUGCAUCAGCACGUAGUGACGUUGAAAUAAAUGAAGUUGAUCCACAAGGUAAAUAUGUUAAAAUUGUUAACAAAGGAAAUAAAGAAAUUGCAUUAAGUGGAUGGCAAAUAAUACGUCGUGCUGGUGCAUUAGAAACAACAUUUAAAUUUCAUCGUACAGCUAAAGUUGAUGCUGGUGCAAGUGUUACUGUAUGGUCAUCAGAUAUUGGUGCUAAUCAUGAGCCACCAUCAAAUAUUGUUAUGAAAGGACAAAAAUGGUUUAUUGCUGAUACCAUGAUGACAACUUUACUCAAUAAUGAUGGAGAGGAAAUGGCAACAUCUGAACGUAAAAGACAAAUGUUGUCUACAACUGUUACAAGACAUCGUGAAAAUUUAAGCUUCAGACCAACAGAAGAACUUCAUCAUCAACAGGCUGAUCCACAAGGCGAAGAGCGAUGCAGCAUUAUGUAACCACCAAGUCCAAAAUUUAUUUUUCAUUUAAAAAAGUGUUUUUAAUUAAACUUAUAAUGAAGAUUUUUGUGUUGUACAAAUUGUCGAUAAUGUUAACGCGAAAAAUUAUUAUAAUGA